CUCGUGGUCGAUAAUUAUGGUGCAUUUAACAAAGCUCGCCGCCGCUGCGGUUAAUCGCACUUCUACUAAUGCUCCAUAUAGUGUUGUUGCCAUUAAGAAACUUUUCAAAACUUCCAACUAUGUUCGUAAGGAAUCUCGAGAAAUUAUUUUUACUCCUUCCUGGGCUGUUGGUGCGAAGCGGCGGUCUGACGGUUCAAUCCUUUCAAAAACUUCUGUAAGUGCUGCACCAUAUAUCGGUAAUUUUCAAAAGCGUUUGUCAUCGUCUUCAGCAGUAGUAGAUUCUAGUAAAUCAACUAUAGUACCGGACUUUUCCCAUUAUAAAAAAAAUAGUGGACCAAACACUAGUCGUGCAUUUACUUAUUUAAUGGUUGGCGCAACUGGAGCAUUGACAGCUGCGGGAUCUAAAGCGUUUGUUACUGAUUUUCUUGCAAAUUUAAGUGCAUCCGCUGACGUUUUAGCUAUGGCUAAAGUCGAAGUAGAUUUAGCAAAAAUCCCGGAGGGUAAAAACCUUACCAUUAAAUGGCGUGGUAAACCUAUUUUUAUAAGACAUAGAACUCCUGAUGAAAUUGCCGAAGCAAAUUCUGUACAGCUAUCUGAACUUAGGGAUCCUCAAAGUGAUGCCGAUAGAACAAAAAAACCCGAAUGGUUGGUUAUGCUUGGUGUAUGUACUCAUUUAGGUUGUGUUCCAAUCGGCGAAGCCGGUGAUUAUCAUGGCUGGUAUUGUCCCUGUCACGGCUCUCAUUAUGAUAUAUCAGGUCGAAUUAGAAAAGGUCCCGCUCCUCUUAAUCUUGAAAUCCCGGUGUAUAAUUUUGAAGAAGAAACCAAACUUGUUAUUGGAUAAUUUAAAUGAAAUAUUGGAAGGUCGAAUAUUGCAAUGUGUAUUAUUAUUAAUAAAGUUUUGAAAUUUUAUAUAUAUUUAUUUAUUAAAAAAAUAAAAAUGACGAAUUAGAAUCUCUUAUUUCUUAUUAUCAUUAAUGAAUGGC